AUGAUCUGUCUUGAAGAUGAACCAGAAUACUACAUCAGCAAGGAUUUCGACAACCCACCCCUCGACCGCGCACACAGCGAAACAUUCUCAUCUAAUAAGACAAUGACCGCCAUCCUAAGCCAUGCAAAAGACAUUGCUCAAGGCUGGUUAGGAGAAGCAUCAAAUUUUACGGUUGUUGUUAUUCCAAAAUACUUAUACGACGAGCCCUUGCGUGAGAUAAUUAAGGACCUCGGUAAACAGAUAGGCUUGGAUGUCAGCCGACUCGCCAUGGCUCCAAGUGCUGCGGCAUGGGGCAAUGGGUUAACUGAAGAAUGUGACUACGAGGAGCUUUUCUUGGUAUACAGCCUCGGCCUUGACGACUUUGAGGCAUCGGUUCUCGAAAUCGAUUGCGGUGUGACCGAGACGCUGUCUUCCUACGGAGAUACCGGUAUCGCCAGCGAGUUCACAAGUCUCAUCCAACAACAACGCGGAAGAAGCCCUGAGGUUGAAAGUCACCUCUUGCAAAAGACAAUGAAGCACGUCAAAGACGUUAUCAGAGUCGCCAACCUGACGAAGACGGACAUACGGCGAAUUAUCUUGACAGGCGAACAUGCCAAUCACCCACUGGUCCGCUCCAUGUUGGAAGAGCUUUACAGUACCAACUCUUCUUCUCAACCACUCGAAUUCAUCUCCCUUGAAGAUGGCUCAAACGCUGUUACACUGGGUACUUCCAUGGUAACUCACACUCUUGCUGGCCCUGAUUGCUGGGAGAUUGGCUACCCUUUUGAGGUCCUGCGCCGAGCCAUAGGGGUCGGCACUGUCGGUGGUGUCACGGAGCAGGUGUUUCUGCGGAACUCCCUCCUUCCCAAUGACAAGCUUCUCAAUCUUACAACAACGUUUGACAAUCAAACCACAAUUUCAAUACCAAUCAUCCUCGGGGGCUUCGUUCCGACGGAGCGAAAUAUUCCACUGAUUGAGUUGCGGCUGGAAGGUAUUCCUCCCGCGCCCAAGGGCGAGCCAAUUAUCAGCCUCCAUGUUGAGAUAUUUGAAAAUUACUCCGUCAAAGACAUUCUUUUAACUGCAAACGCUACACUUCUGGACUCUGGUACCGCAGAUAUGAUCAAGGAUACCGUGGCUAUUGGUGGCUGGUUCUGGAACGACAAGGAUAUGCGUGAAGUCGAUCGUAUAAUCGAGAAAGAGGAGGCGGAGCGGGAUCAACUUCAGGAUGUUUGUUUCAACAGAGUUAUCCCCAGUCUAGGGGAUAGUAUAGCAUGUGCUGUUCUGAGGAAGGAUGCCGAGAGCUUGGAUGAUUGCUGGCUCACAUCUCUCGCUCAGGCGAAGGAGGAGGAAGGGGAAUUCGCUCGUGCUCUUUGCAUGUACGGAAAGGCACUACCACUGUUUCCGAUGGGACACCCAGAGCUUCUCAUGAAGAUCAGAAAGCUUUGGGAUCAAGUCAAGAGUCGAAAGGACAAUACACCGGUGGAAGGGUAUGGGAGCGCGUACUGGAGCCCUUGGGGUGGUGACUGUUAUAGUAGUUACUAUGACGAGAAGGAUGCGGUCGUUGUGUUUGCCGACGUAGAUGUUCCACUGCCUACAAGGCCUACAUAG